GUUUCAUGGCACAGUUGAUUCAAGGCAAGACAAUAGAGGCUUGCAUCAAAUGCGGAAUUUGGGCAGCAACAGAGAUCAUUCAGAGAUCUGGCUGCAGCUUCUCUCAGGAUGUCCGUUACACGAAUGAGUGAACUUGACCACACGGCUUUGUUGGCUUAUAACCAUAACUUUUUUAUAUUUUCUAUCCUAAUUUUGUAAAAGAUGUACAGGAAAUCGUUUAUAUACAUAGGUGUUGCAAAAACUACGCCAAUGACCAUUUAAAUGUUAAUCCAGAAUAAAUUACUAUACUGUUAUUAAGUGAAAUUGCCUUUAAAAUGAUCCCAUUUGUUACAUAAUAAAAGACUAAAUCUUU